CCUGAUCUCGCGUGGCUAGUGCCUACUCUCGUGAGAGAGGGCGCUAUAAACCCGUGCGAGGCGGCCGAGCAGGCCCUUUUCCCAAGAUGGCGCCGAAGGCGAAGAAGGAAGCUGUCCCCACCAAGAUAGAGGCAAAAUCCAAGGCUCUGAAGGCUAAAAAGGCCGUUUUGAAAGGAGUCCACAGUCACAGGAAGAAGAAAAUCAGGACAUCUCCCACUUUCAGGAGGCCCAAAACUUUACGAUUACGGAGACAGCCCAAAUAUCCUAGGAAGAGUGCUCCUCGGAGGAACAAGCUUGACCACUAUGCCAUUAUCAAGUUCCCUCUGACCACAGAGUCAGCCAUGAAGAAGAUAGAGGAUAACAACACCCUGGUCUUCAUUGUAGAUGUCAAGGCCAACAAACAUCAGAUCAAGCAGGCUGUCAAGAAACUGUAUGAUAUUGACGUGGCCAAGGUCAACACAUUGAUCCGGCCUGAUGGUGAGAAGAAGGCUUAUGUCCGUCUUGCUCCAGACUAUGAUGCAUUGGAUGUAGCCAACAAGAUUGGAAUAAUCUAAAGGGUAUCCACCAAGAACUGGGCAGAUGAGAUAAUAAACUUUGUAAAACCA